AUGCGGUUAUCCAGGAUAAGGCUCCCUAAAAUUGCCAAAACUCUGAUUUGCCUCAUUGUUGUAACAUACUUUUGCAUCUUCAUUGCCAAUUUCAGCUCCUUGGCAAAGACAAGGAUUUUCAGGAAACUGAACAUUUUUCAGCAUGUCCCAGAUGCGCAACAAGUGGACAAUCGAGAGCAACAGGGUUUAAACUAUUCUGGUAAUGGGAACUCCAGGAGCUUUUUAGAGGUGACUUUGGGCAGAGACAUCACAAAGCUCAAAAAAGAUGUGGUGGAGAAGACACCAAGUUGGAAAGGAAAGGAGGAGGAGAAGAAAAUGAUGGAACCAGUUACCAGGGAUAAGAAAGCCAAGGAGAACAUGGCUGUGAAGCCACCACCUCAGCCAGAGGGAGUCAAGAAGGCAGCAGUGAAAACAGCCCCUGUGGUGCAGGGAAACACAGAGAAAACAACAGCAAGACCAGCUCCAGGGAUGGAAGAAGCCAAGGAAAAGACAGCAGGGAAACCCCUUCCCAGGGCGGAGGGAGCCAAGGAGAAGGCGACAGCGAAACCAUUCUCUGCGGUGAAGGGAGCUCGUGAAAACAACACAUCCAAAGACCAAUCAAAACCCAAAGAGCCUCCUGUGUCACUGAAAACUGUAAGGCCUGUUCCUCAGGCUGCUGCAGUGACAAAAAAGACAAAACUGAGUGCUGCUAACUACACCUCUGAGCCGCGCUGGGAUUUCGAGGAUGAGUACCUGCUGGAUAACUCCUCUCCACCAUCGACCUGCUCUGAAUCAGUGAGGGCCAGAGCUGCCAAGUCUGACUGGCUGCGGGAUCUUUUCCUGCCCAACAUCACGAUCUUCACAGACAGGAGAUACUUCAAUGGCAGCGAGUGGAACCGCCUGGAGCAUUUUGUACCCCCAUAUGGCUUCAUGGACCUGAAUUAUUCGCUGGUGAAGGAGGUCAUGUCCCUGCUGCCCCCGAAUCCGCACCAGCAGCUGCUCCUGGCCAACCGUAACAGCAGCGUUCCAACGUGCAUCAGCUGUGCUGUCGUGGGGAAUGGAGGAAUCCUGAAUAACUCUGGGAUGGGCCAGCAGAUUGACUCCCACGACUACGUCUUCCGGGUGAGCGGGGCUGUAAUCAAAGGUUACGAAAAAGAUGUGGGAACAAAAACCUCCUUUUAUGGAUUCACAGCCUACUCCCUGGUUUCCUCUCUUCAGAUCUUGGGACGCAGAGGGUUCAGCAACAUCCCAUGGGAGAAACAUGUCAAAUACAUUCACUUCCUGGAGGGAGCUAGAGACUAUGAGUGGCUGAAGGCUCUUCUGCUCAACAAGGACAUCGGGAAAGGAUUCUUGAACCUCAGCGGGCAGAUGCCCCGGCAGAAAUUUGACAGAGAUUUCACAAUGGACAGAUACCUGGUGGUUCACCCCGAUUUCCUCAGAUACAUGAAAAACAGGUUUUUAAAAUCUAAAAGUCUGGAAAAGCGCUACUGGAGGCUGUACAGACCCACAACAGGGGCCUUCCUGCUGCUGACUGCCCUCCACCUCUGUGACAGGGUGAGUGCCUAUGGCUACAUCACCGAGGGGCAUGAGAAGUACUCGGAUCACUACUACGACAAGGAGUGGAAGCGGCUGAUUUUCUACAUUAACCACGACUUCAAACUGGAGAAGGAGGUGUGGAAAAGGCUUCACGAUGAGAAUAUCAUGAAGCUUUACCAGAGAUCCUGACUGUGUGGCAAGGGCCAUUGCCUGGGAAAUCUCAACACCUCACUGGGAACAGAAGAGGACCACCAGAGCCAAGGUUAGUUCUGGACUGCCAGGCACAUUUCAUCCCCACAAAGACAUUUCCCUCCUCCAGCACCUCUGUUCUUUCACAGCACUUCCACAAACGUGUGAAUGCUGCAGACCCAGAGAAGAACAAGAAAAUGCAGAGUGCCAACAAAAUCCUUGUGGCUGUGCUGCAAGACUCCCGCUGGUUGUUGUAGGCACAGGUAUUGGGAGAACAGAAUCCAGGAUGGAUCUGGAUAGCAUAUGGUCCAGUGUCCUUUAUUUAGUCCAAGUUUUCUCUCUUUGCAAGGAGAUGCUCCUCAGACUGUUCUGGAGGAUCCUCUCCAUUAGUGAUGCCCAUUGUGGAGUUGGGUAUUGUCCAAACAAGCUCCCUCAGGAGCCAGUGGAUGGAGGUGGACACACAGGUCCUGUCUCAGGUUGACUUUAUUUUCUGGAGGUUCUGCUCUCGCUCUGCUCCCUGCAGAUAAAGAGGGUGGACUGGACACUUCCAGGUGACUAAUUCAGGAGAGAACGAGUCUCAUUUCUGCUUCCCAGUGUGGCCUUGUGACACUUGCAAAGGAGCACUGCCAUCAGCUCAAGGGCAGGUGCUGCAGACCUGCAGUACCUGGUGCCUCUUGCUCUCCAGGGAUCCCAUGGCUGCACAAAAUGUGAAUUUUCUGGCAUGGUCCUGGUGUGCCAAGUCCUUGGUUACCUGGACUUUGUCAUGCUUGGCUCCCAGCUGUGCCCAGAGCACUGUGUCUGUCCUCCUGCCGGGAGAGGUGGCCAGGGAUGGAUGCUUCCUUGCUGCUGGAUGGAGUGCCUGUUCCCCACGGUGCUGUGUGCAGGACACACGCAGUAUGUUGGCCUUCUCAAAGGGGUUUUGUAUGUAAAA